CACAAGCACCUACAAUGACGAUUUCUUUUGAGUGGGCGGGCUAUGCGCAAGCACGACUAAGUCAUCACACUGGAGCAGUUUCGAAGCCGCAUUCGAUUAUAUUUUCUUAUCUUAGAUACGAAGCCAGGCGCGGGAAGGAGGGCAAAGGGCGGGAGCUGUCCACCGGAUCAGCCAUCGCUCGGACAAGUCUGUGCUCGCGCACAAGCUUCUUUCCUUUCCGUGUACGCGUGCAGCACUAGUAGCUCACGCAUAACAACUUACUUGCUGUAGAGCUCAUUUUACAGAGUCGGCCGCCGCACACUUCCACUUCGCAAGGCCAACUGGGCCGUGGACUAGCAGUUUCGCAACCAUGUCUAAGUCUAAGCCGCAGCUGCGGGAGCAGGACCUUAAAGCCCUAGAUGUAGCAAAGCUGACGCCCCUGUCGCCUGAGGUCAUCAGCCGGCAGGCGACUAUCAACAUUGGCACCAUUGGCCACGUGGCCCACGGUAAGUCCACCGUGGUCAAGGCCAUCUCGGGCGUGCAGACGGUGCGCUUCAAGAACGAGCUGGAGCGCAACAUCACCAUCAAGCUGGGCUAUGCCAACGCCAAGAUCUACCAGUGCGGCAACGCCGCCUGCGAGCGGCCAUCCUGCUACCGGGCCUACGGCUCGGCCAAGGAGGACAACCCGCCCUGCGAGCUGUGCGGCGCUGCCAUGGAGCUGGUCCGCCACGUGUCGUUCGUGGACUGCCCCGGCCACGAUAUUCUGAUGGCUACCAUGCUCAACGGCGCCGCCGUCAUGGACGGCGCGCUGCUGCUGAUUGCCGCCAACGAGACGUGCCCGCAGCCGCAGACGUCGGAGCACUUGGCCGCGGUGGAGAUCAUGCGGCUGAAGGACAUUAUCAUCCUGCAGAACAAGAUCGACCUGAUCACCGAGCCCAACGCCAUCAGCCAGCACGACGCCAUCAAGAAGUUCAUCCAGGGCACUAUCGCCGACGGCGCGCCCGUGGUGCCCAUCUCGGCGCAGCUCAAGUACAAUGUGGACGUGGUGUGCGAGUACCUGGUCAAGAAGAUCCCCGUGCCCGUGCGCGACUUCGUGUCUCCGCCCCAGAUGAUUGUGAUCCGCUCCUUCGACGUCAACAAGCCCGGCUCGGAGGUGGACGAGCUCAAGGGUGGCGUGGCGGGUGGAUCCAUCCUGCAGGGUGUGCUAAAGAUGGGCCAGGAGAUUGAGGUGCGCCCCGGCAUCAUCACCAAGGACGCGGAGGGCCGCGUCAAGUGCAUCCCCAUCUUCUCCCGCAUUGUGUCGCUCUUCGCGGAGCAGAACGAGCUGCAGUUCGCUGUGCCCGGCGGCCUCAUCGGUGUGGGCCUCACGGUGGACCCCACGCUCACGCGCGCCGACCGCCUGGUGGGCCAGGUGCUGGGCCAGGUGGGCGCGCUGCCGGACGUGUACUCGGAGCUGGAGGUCAACUUCUUCCUGCUGCGCCGCCUGCUGGGCGUGCGCUCCAAGGAGGGAGAGAAGCAGGGCAAGGUGACCAAGAUGAGCAAGGGCGAGGUGCUGAUGCUCAACAUCGGCUCCAUGUGCACUGGCGCGCGCGUGCUGGCCGUGAAGGGCGAUCUGGCCAAGCUGCAGCUGACCAGCCCCGUGUGCACCAAGGAGGGCGAGAAGGUAGCGCUGUCGCGCCGCGUGGAGAAGCACUGGCGCCUCAUCGGGUGGGGCCAGAUCCAGAAGGGCCUCAAGAUGGACCUGCCCACGCGCUCGUAAGCGGCGCGGCGGUGGCGGCGGUGGCGGCGGUGGCGGCAGCAGCGGUGCUGUGGCGCUGCGGCGAGUUAAGGGUGAUGGCGAGGCAGAGGAGCGCCGGGGCGAAGGCGCUGGAGAAGGCAAGGAUGCUGGAGGGGAGGAGGUGGCGGAGCGGGGAAGCAGCGGCCGCUGGUGUUGCUCGGCCAUGCGGCGGGUGAAGGUGCGCCGGCAGGCCGCAGGCGCCGGCUGGGUUUUGGGGGUUGCCGUGCCGGUGGUGCGGGCGCUGCAGCGGUGGCAGCGGAAGGACGCGCGUUAAGACGAAGGCGUUCUGGAGCAGCCUCCGCGCUGUUGCAGCACUUGGCGUGCUGACGCAUGCCAAGCCGUGCGCUUCGUUCAGCUGCAGACGCAGGAUGUGUGCAAAGUAGUUCUGCCGCGUCGUGAAGGGACAGGUCGGAUGCUGCGGACGUCGAGGCUGGCCAAACCAGCGCAGCAUUAGCUUUUUGUUGUUGGGCUGCAAGCGGUAUACUAGGCUGCGCGUGGACUGAGCCCGCUACGGUGGCAGGCAAGGGAGGUUUCAGGAAAUGGGUCGUGAAGGAGCAAGGUAUGCACAGCGGCAGCCACAUAGGGUACAAAGUGCUGUGAGCGGGUCAUAAGAGACUGUGCCGCGUGCACGGGCCGGGGCACGUGGUCAUUCAUGGUGUAAGGUUUGUCCGGGAUAUCAGAGAUCUGUGACGUCGUGGCAGUAGUUUGGGACACUCCAUGGCGGGUGUCUGAAAGAAGCUCAACCCUUCAACAGUUCUACACUUCUACCGCUCCUCCAUGAGCAUGGGCAUGGGCCGCAGGUGACGCAGACUCAACCCGUUGGGAAUGGAGGCAGACCAUCAAACUUCCAACGGUUUCAGAAGUACUUUGUUAUUUAUUAUUGAUAGCACUGCAGCCCGAGCUUUGCUGUCUGUGAGUCUGACCAUUUGGCAAGUUUGACGAGCCAAAGUGUGCAACUCGUUCACAUUGCAUUACCGAAAAGCAAUCCAGACAUAAGUUGUGCUGGUACUGGUCGCAAGCACCUGCUUUACACUAGGUGUGCAACGGCAGGACGGGAUGCCACCCAUUCGCUAACAAGUG